AUGGCGGGAUUCCUCGUCCCGGAUACCUACGUGGUAGUCACUCCCAGCCUCAAUGACCUGUUGAUUGCCAGCAUCAUCUGGGGUUUUACCCUAGCCACGGGAGUCUUCUCAGGCACCAAGGCGUUCAAACAGACGUGGGCAAUAUGGAGACGGUCGCGUCGCCUACACGCCUACGCGUAUAUGAUAUGGGCCGAAUGGAUCGUGUCCAUGGUUAUUGGCGUUCUGUCCUGGGUCUUCCUUCGCGGAUUCAUCGAUCCAAGCUUUUGGAUAUAUUUUGCAUUCUUGUGCCUCUGGGUCGUACAGAUCCAAUGCAUCUGCGGCAUCAUAAUUAAUCGAAUCGCUCUCUUGAUGGUCGACAAGCGCGACGCAGCCAAAAUCCGAUGGGUUACCGCAGUCAUUCUGGGCCUGAUUAACAUCAGCGUAUUCGUCAUCUGGAUUCCUGCACGCCUGCAAAUAUCCACGACAUGGGUCCAUGUCAACGAAAUCUACGAUCGAAUCGAGAAGGGUCUGUUCUUGAUUAUCGACGCAUGCCUACACCUCUACUUCAUCUAUCUGCUUCGAGUCAAGUUGAUCGCGAAUGGCCUCGAAAAAUACGUCCCGUUGUUCAGGUUCAACCUCAUGAUGGUGGCGGUAUCGAUGAGUCUAGAUAUAAUUCUCAUUGGUAGCAUGUCAAUUGGAAAUGGCUUCAUUUAUGUCCAGUUUCACCCGCUGGUGUACAUGCUCAAGCUGCAUAUCGAGAUGAAUAUCUCUUCCCUAAUUGUCAAGGUCGUCCGCGCGACAGGCGACGGCAGCUCGUACGCACGCGGCACCGAAUUGCAGUCGAAACCGAAAAACAGGUCCGGAGCUGCCAUAACUUCGAACAACAUCGUCUCCGGAAAUCGGACGCACGUUGAAGCCGAGGCAGCGGAUGAAGCACCUAAGAGUUUUCCCCAGGGGAUCACGAAAAUUGUGCAGACGCGGGUCACUGUGUCACCUCGGAAUCGUGACGACUUGGAAGACGACGAGGAUGGCAGCUCGCAGUCAUCGACACGCCGGCUAAAGCAUAAUUCUCAAGCCUACCGAGAACAAUUUGUAUGA